AUGCGAGGCCCUCCCGUCCUGGCGGAAGCCUCAGACAAGGCGUCCACGAUGUCAUCACCAUCAUCACCAUCAUCACCAUCAUCACCAUCAUCACCAUCAUCACCAUCAUCACCAUCAUCACCAUUAGCCUCAUCCUCUCGACGCGCAUCGUGGCCCCCGCGCCGCCAACCCCUCGCCCUCGUCGCCCUCGCAGCAACAGCCAUUCUUCUCCCCCCGGCCCUGCUCCUCGUCCUCCUCCCCCGCUCCCACAACAUCGUCCCCCCCGCCAUCCGCAUCCCCGUCUCCAUCCUCAGCUCGGCGCCCACUAUUCCACCACCAGCGCGCUUGGACAACGACGACGACACAGCGGCAAACUGCCUCCGCGGCCGCUGCAGCGCCUUUAGCUUCGACGCAGCCUCGCCCCCCCUCCGCCCGGCAUGGAUGUCCCGCCUGCCCGACUCGGCUCCGCUCACCGCCCUCAGCAUCCCCGGCACCCACGACACCAUGACAUACGGCCUGGCCGACAACGUCGAGCUGCAGUGCCAGAACUGGAACCUCAGUGUUCAGCUCGACGCGGGACUGCGCUACUUCGACAUCCGCGCCCGCCUGCGCGACGACGAGCUGCGCAUCUACCACGCCGACGGCGACACGGGCUUCGACCUCGCCCACGUGCUGCGCGCCAUGUUUGCCUUUCUCGACGCCAACCCGACAGAGGCCAUCGUCAUGCGCCUCAAGGAGGAGGGCCGCCCCGUCGGCACCAACAACUCGCUCUCCUUUGAGCAGGCCUUUAACCGCUACCGCACCCACGACCCGCGCACCGCCCCCGGCGCCGCCCGACACCUGCGCCUCUACGACGGCGUCGCCAGGCACGAGCCCAUCCCCACGCUCGGCGCCCUGCGCUCUAGGAUCUUCCUGCUGCAGGAAUUUGCCAGCCCCGACGCCGGGCCCUACGGCCUCAGCUGGGACGGGCCCCAGAUGGCCCUCGAGGACGCGUGGGUCGUGCCCGAUAUCUACCACCUGGCCGACAAGUGGGUCGCCAUCCGCGGCGCCCUUGAGCGCGCCGUCACCGAGCCCCUGAACAACACCCGCUUAUACCUCGCCCACGUCUCCGCCUCGGUCGGCGUCCUCCCCGUCGACGCCGCCGCCGGGCCCUGCAACCGCUCCGUCACCGGCAUGAACGAUAUGACGGCCCAGUGGCUGCUCGACUUUGACGGCCGCCCUGGCGUCACGCCCCGCACCGGCGUCGUCAUCUUUGACUUUCCCGGCCGCCGCGCCAUUGACGCCGUCAUCGCCUGGAAUAAAGUGCCCUCCCCUCCCUUGAGUCGUCUCCGGCGAGCACAGAGAGCCGUGUAG